AUGACGGGGACAUCGACGGGCGUUCAAAUCACCAAUAACUAUAACUUUGGCCUGGAAGCUGGAGCGACGGUCGUCGAUGGGUCGGCGGCGGCCCACGAAGUGGAAGAUGAAAAAGAGUUCGAGGAACAGGCUUGGGCGGGAGCGACACACUUGAAGGUGGUCGUUGUAGGCGACAAGGGUGUAGGGAAGACGUCACUGGCGAGAACCUUUGCCACGGGGCGUUUCCCAGCCGAGGGCAUAUACACCAGAUUGAUCCGGCCCUACGUCAAGAACACGUACGAUGACGAGACGCCGAUCAGCAUGACCAUCUGGGAUACUACCUGCGAACCAGAGGCUCGGUAUACGCGGCGUCUGACCUACGAGAACGCCCACGUCGUCCUGAUCUGCUUCUCCGCUGUCGACCGGGAGUCUUUCAACAGCGUCAAAAACAAGUGGUGGCAGGAGGUUUACGAUCACGUAAGAGGCGUGCCCAUCAUCCUUGUCUGCACCAAGUCAGAGAUCGUCACGCUCGGCAACCUUCGGCCAGGACAGGACUACAUCAAUACCGCCGAGGAAGUGGAGCUCGCCACAGAGAUAGGCGCAACGUAUUAUGUCGACGUCUCUGCCCUGACGAGGUUGAACAUGGACGGUCUUAUGGAGUCUGUUAUUCGUGCCGUGAUACCCCAGUCCACAUACAAGGAGGACCACUGCUGUGUUAUGAUGUGA